AUGGCAGGCACCGACAAGCUUCCUGCGAUGCGAGUCGCCGUCAUUGGGGCUGGUCCCGGCGGACUGACGACUCUUAAGACACUGCUUGAGGCAUCGACACCUGAUCGGCCGAUAGAGGCUGUUUUGUUCGAGGCCGAAGACAAUAUCGGAGGCACAUUCCACUACCGUGCUUAUGAGAACGCCGAGCUGGUAUCUUCAAAGCAAUUGACUACCUUCUCCGACCACCGCUUCCCCGUGUCAGCACCAGACCACAUUUCGCUUCCACAAUAUGUCGGCUAUUUGCAGGACUACGUGGACAAGUUCGACCUACAGCCGCUCAUGAAGAUGGGCUGCAGAGUCAACAAGAUCGAGCCUAUAUCGAAGUCGACUGAUCGGAAGUGGAAGCACCGUGUCAGAUACGUCGACAAGAAUAGCGAUGGGGAGGAGCGCACUUUCGACUGUUCACACGUCGCUGUCUGUACUGGACUGCAUGUCGAGCCCAACAUUCCCAAUAUCCCUGGCAUCGAGAAUGCCAAAGGAGAAGCUUUCCACUCUUCACAGUACAAGAAGCGAGCACAGCUGACAGGCAAAGAUGUGCUCAUCAUGGGCUGUGGAGAGACUGCCAUGGAUAUCGCUUACGAAGCCAUGAAGGGUGAUGCAAAUUCAGUCACCAUGUGCUUCAGAACGGGUUUCCUUUCUUUCCCCAAAGCGCUUUCGCGUUUCAAGGUGUUCGGCAAGCAAUUCAAAGGAGGUCUGCCUAUCGACGGUCUCAUCACCAAUCUCUUCGAGACAGCCUACGUGCAUCGCGCGAUAGCUGCGAGUCGAUUCCGUUGGUUUGUAUCGGACUUUGUCAUCAAGCGUGUGUUGUGGUUCUUGACUGGCACACAGGCGGGCAUGAAUCAACAUGUCGGCGCACUGCCACACGACAGACUAGGCAGAGCUUUCGUCUUCCUAAACAAGAGCAGUAAAGCGAUGCCAUAUCUAAACCGGCCCUACAAAGAGAGCCACCCUCUCGCCUUCCUCGGCAACGGCUACGUAGACCCACCCGAAGACGCGCAGUCGAAGAAAUGGGUAGACACAUGCACAUUCCCGGAGCGCAUAGACGAGACCGGAAGAGUGAUAUUUGAGAAGCGCCCCGACCGUAAAGAUUGGAGACGCAUGAAGGACACGGAAGUGCGACCAAACUGCGUAGUCUACUGCACCGGCUACAAACAGUCCUUCUACUUCCUUGAUCCAUCAUACCCCACAGCAGCCGACGCCACCAUCCGCAACAUCGUCUCGCCCGCAGAUCCUAGCAUAUCCUUCAUCGGCUUUGUACGACCUGGUGUUGGCGCCAUCCCUCCCAUCGCUGAACAACAGGCCAUGUGGUGGACAGCGCUCAUCACCAAUCAAAUGGCCAUGCCUACUGAUCCUCCGCACUACCAUCUCUUGGCCAAAGAGACUUCGCGCAUCAAGUACGGAGUUGAUCACAGCGCGUACAUGAGCACUCUCGCGAAAGACUUUGGUGGCGCUCCCGGGUUGCGCGAACUUUACAUGGCGCACGGGUUGAAGGUGCUCCUGGUCUACUGCUUUGGAGCAAGCUUCGUUACGUUCUACAGGCUUGUCGGGCCUUUCAAGAGUGAUGUUGCUCCUAGUAUCACGAAGACUGAGUUGGCAGAAACUAUUCUUCGCAGAGGCAUUCUCGGCAAUUUGUUCUUCGGGGUGAUACCCAUGCUUUUCUACGGUUUGAUCAACUCCACCGCCUGGAUGCUCGAGAUGGUUGGUCUUAUAUCGGAGGAGAAGCCGGUCGUCUAA